GCCGAUCGCUGCAGAAGGCGACCCGAGCAGUGGAGAGGUACAGAGUGCCGGCGACGGGACCGGUGGUGGUGGAAAGGUGUUGAACAUGUGGAUCACUGGCUCAAGAGGGUUGCUGCUGGCGGGCUUUUCUACAGGGGUGUAGAUGAGAUAAGGCUGCUCCGGGAUUUGCUGGUGGUCGCCGGCGUUCCAAGAUGCCGCCUUUUGAUUGUCCGGGUGCACUGCUGGCGCCGCCGGCGGUCCCAUGACGUGGGUUCCCCAUUUCUUGGUGUCUACCACCUCCUGCCCUGUUGAUUGUUGCAGCUGCUGGGUUUGUGCCUCUUCCCCUGUUCCUGCCAUGGAAGGUUGCGAUCGAAUGGUAAUUGGAUCUGAUUGAUUGCAAAGGAAAGCUAAUGACUUUUGCUAUGAGUUCUGAUCUUCUUCAAGCUCUG